AUGCCGGAAACUCUUGGUAAAGAUGCGCGUUACGAGGCAGGAGUCGUGUCACGAGCGAGCAUCAACAGCAACGAUUCAAUUCCUGCAGAUGCACCGAAACUGCCAGAUCGAUAUGCUGACGAGAGCUACAAGCUCUUUAGCGAGGUCAGCGUCUCCGAUCCGACGCCGGAAGAAGCCAUCAGGAUCCGCAACAAAUUGAUAUGGCGCAUCUUGCCCUUUCUGUGCAUCGGAUACCAUCUCAUGUUUCUCGACAAGCAAACGCUAGGCAGCUCAGCCGUUCUUGGGAUUUUAAAGGACGCGAACCUCAGCCCGAACCAGUACAAUUGGCUGUCGUCGAUAUUCUACUUUGGCUACAUGCUGGCAGAAUUUCCGCAAAACUGGGCGUUGCAGAGGUUCCCCGUCGCUAAAUGGCUCGCGGGUAAUCUCGUGAUCUGGGGCGGCAUCACACUCCUCCAUAUCCCGUGCAAGAAUUUCGCCUCACUUUUCGUUGUGCGCUUCUUGUUGGGAGUAUUCGAGGCCUGCAUUGUGCCUUCGUUUCUUCUCAUCAUGUCCAUGUUUUUUACAUACCAGGAGCAAGCCGUGCUGAUGCCCAUCAUGUGGUCCGUCGGCAACGGGAGUCCAAUCACUUCUGGACUGCUGUCCUAUGGUGUCUUGCACAUUCACACUGGCCACUUUGCGCCAUGGCAGUGGCUCAUGUUCCUUUGCGGCGCGGUGACCAUGCUUUUCGGUGUCUUCGUCUACCUCCUCCUUCCCGACAGUCCCUUGUACGCUUCUUUCUUGACACCCGAGGAGCGCGCCAAGGCUAUCCUCCGAAUCAAGGAGAAUCAUUCUGGCAUUGAGCAGAAGCGCUUCAAGAGGGAACAGUUCGUCGAAGCCCUCAAGGAUCCCAAGACGUGGCUCUUUACCGGACACGCGCUUACACAGGAAAUGGCCAACGGAACCACCAACCAAUACUCGCUCCUCAUCAAUUCCUUUGGCUUCACGGUCUUGCAGACGACGCUUCUCGGCGCUGUGCUAGGAGCCAUGAACUUUACCUGCCUCGCGCUCGCUGCCAUCGCACUGUAUAAUACAAAAAACAGCCGCGCGUGGAUCUCGCUCUUCGCCUACAUACCGACGGCCCUUUCGAGCGUCCUCUUGCUCAGCCUCCCCUCGCAUAACCGCUGGGGACUCAUCACCGGCAUAUGGAUCCGUUCCGCGACCGGUGUGCCGUAUGCGGUAGUCAUGAUCUGGGCGGCGAAUGCCUCGGCCGGCCACACGAAAAAGACGACCGUCAUUGCCCUCUACCAUGCCGCGUACGGCCUGGGCAACAUCAUCUCGCCCCAGCUUUUCCGCCCGCAGUGGCGGCCGCGCUACCGCCCAACAUGGAUCAUUCUUCUCAUUGUGGCGGCAAUUGUUCCUGCCAUUAUUGUCCUGAUUCUCCGCAUCUAUCUAGAUCGCGAAAACAAACGGCGCGACAAGAUGGAGCAGGAGAAUAGCGUCGAAGAUAACGGAAUUAUUGAGACGGUCAAGGCGGAUGGCACCACGGAAAGACAAGUUGUCGACAGAAAUCAGCUUGACCUGACUGACAGACAAAACUUGAAAUUGCAAGUCACCCUGCCCAGUAGAAGAACUUGCUUCCAACUAACAACUAUGAUGCAGCCGCUAUGUUUUAUAAGAGGAACAAAAUUCGGCGAUCGCUUCAAAUUUUUCCUUCUUCAGGAUUUUCAUUAG